CACCUUUUCUGCACGGUAGUUCGUAACCGCCCAUAAAUGGGUGGCAUCUGCUCCUCAUCUACCAUUCCACGGACCGACGCCACAAGACCUGCUUGUCUACUAAUCUCCUCCUUACCGCCGGCCCUCCUGCCUCCGACCCACCGUCCGCCCGCGCCAUGGCUGCGACAUGGGAGACCAGCGUGACCGAGUCGAUCAACACCAUCUAUCUUCUCUUCUCAGCCUACCUGGUGUUCAUAAUGCAGCUGGGCUUUGCGAUGCUGUGCGCCGGCUCCGUCCGGGCAAAGAACGCCAUGAACAUCAUGCUGACCAACGUCGUGGACGCAGUCGUGGGCACCAUCUCCUACUACCUCUUCGGCUUCGCCUUCGCCUUCGGCGCUGGCUCCCACUCCAACCCCUUCAUCGGGACCAGCUUCUUCGCCCUCGAGAACGUCCCGAACGAGACCUAUGGCUACGCCUACUUCCUCUACCAGUGGGCCUUCGCCAUCGCGGUGGCCGGCAUCACCAGCGGUUCGAUCGCAGAGCGCACCCAGUUCAGCGCCUACCUCGUCUACUCGUUCCUGCUCACGGGGUUCGUGUACCCGGUCGUCGCCCACUGGGUCUGGUCGUCGGACGGAUGGCUCAGCCCGAACUCCGGCGGCUCGCUGCUGUUCGGGUCCGGCGCCAUCGACUUCGCCGGGAGCGGGGUGGUGCACCUGGUAGGCGGAGUGGCGGGCUUGUGGGGCGCGCUCAUCGAGGGCCCACGGAUCGGGCGGUUCGACGCGUUCGGGAGAGCCGUGCCGAUGCGCGGCCACAACGCGACGCUGGUGGUGCUGGGCACCUUCCUGCUCUGGUUCGGCUGGUUCGGGUUUAACCCGGGGUCAUUCAGCCGGAUCCUGGUGGCCUACCCGGACGCGCCCCACGAGGGCAACUGGACCGGAGUGGGCCGGACCGCGGUGACCACGGCGCUCGCGGGCUCGGCCGCGGGCCUCACGACGCUCUUCGGGCGGCGGCUGCUGGUGGGCCACUGGGACGCGCUGGACGCGUGCAAUGGGCUCCUGGGCGGGUUCGUGGCCAUCACGUCCGGGUGCUCCGUGGUGGAGCCAUGGGCCGCCAUUGUGUGCGGCUUCUGCGCGGCCUGGGUGCUGAUCGGGCUCAACGCGCUGGCCCUGAGGCUGCGAUUCGACGACCCGCUGGAGGCGGCCCAGCUACACGGGGGAUGCGGGGCCUGGGGGCUGGUCUUCACGGGCCUCUUCGCCCACGAGGAGCUGGUGGUGCAGGCGUACGACUCGGGCGCCGUCGGGGCGAGCCGGCCGUUCGGCCUCCUGAUGGGAGGGGGGUGGGGCUUGCUGGGAUCGCAGGUGGUCGAGGUGGCGGCCAUCGCGGGAUGGGUGAGCCUGACCAUGCUCCCCGUGUUCUACGUGCUGCACAAGCUGCGGCUCCUCCGGAUAUCGGUGGACGAGGAGCUGGCCGGGCUGGACGUCUCGAGCCACGGCGGGUACGCCUAUGUGGCCAAUUCCGAAGACAGCCAUCCCGGCUUCUAUGCGGACUACGUGAGGACGCACGACGGCCCACGCUCCCCAUGAUGAUUCGUCUGUUCCCGCUUGUCAAAUCAUUUAUAGUAUAUUAUUAUAAUAUUCUGCGUGCUUUGAGAAGCAUUUCGUCCAAA